AGAUAAUUGAAAAUUUUAGAAACGACGUGUCGUAGAUAAUACGUCAUCUUCGACAUCUGGAGCUGGAGGUUAGGAGGCCAAGUUUGUUGGACGGUGGAGAGAGAGAGAGAGAGAGAGAGAGAGAGAAGAGAGAGAGAAUGUUCCUUGCCCGAACAGCAUCGCAAGACCUCCCUAAAAAACUUACUGGAAUUGCAAACAGGUCCUUCAAAUCCUUGAAAAUACAGGGAGACUCCGUCGAUUCAUCAAUUCCUUCCUCUCUCACCCAUGGAAUCCACGUCUUCCAUUGUCCAGAUGCUGUCGGAAUCGUGGCUAAGCUAUCUGAAUGCAUCGCUUCCAGAGGUGGAAACAUACUUGGAGCCGAUGUUUUUGUACCUGAAAAGAAGCAUGUCUUCUAUUCUAGAAGUGAAUUUAUUUUUGAUCCUGCUAAAUGGUCAAGAUUGCAAAUGGAAGAAGACUUUCUUAAACUGUCAACAACAUUCAAUGCUAUGAAAUCUGUUGUUCGGGUUCCCGAUCAGGACCCUAAAUAUAAGAUUGCUGUUUUGGUUUCAAAGCAGGAACAUUGCCUUGUCGACUUGUUACAUCAAUGGCAAGAUGGAAGACUUCCAGUAGAUAUAACCUCCGUGAUAAGUAAUCACGAUAGAGCUCCAAACACCCAUGUUUUCCGCUUUCUUCAAAGGCAUGGUAUUCCUUAUCACUAUGUAAGUUCAGAUGGUGAUUAUAAAAGUGAAGUAGAGAUGUUGAACCUGGUUCAGGGUACUGAUUUUUUAGUACUUGCCAGGUACAUGCAGGUAUUAUCUGGUGAUUUUCUGAAGAAAUAUGGAAAGGAUAUAAUCAAUAUACACCAUGGCCUUUUGCCAUCAUUUAAGGGUGGUAGUCCAUCUAGACAGGCUUUUGAUGCGGGUGUGAAACUAAUUGGUGCAACUAGUCACUUUGUGACUGAAGAACUUGAUGCUGGGCCUAUAAUAGAACAGAUGGUUGAGAGAGUUUCACACAGAGAUAACUUGCAGAGCUUUGUGCAGAAAUCAGAGAACCUCGAGAAACAAUGCCUUUCAAAGGCGAUAAAAUCGUACUGUGAGCUGCGAGUGUUACCUUACCAGGAAAACAAAACCGUUGUGUUUUAAAGCAAUGAAGAAGUUGAUAAGUGUUUAG